AAAACUAGAACCGAAAAAGAAACAAUGAUUAGAUUAAAGCCACCAGCUUCCUCCAUCAAUGACAAUGCAAGGCCUCAUCAUGGCUUCCCCAAUGUGAUGAUCAAAUGUGGACCUUGAACACCCUCUCUUUGAUUUCUUAGUACAAGGUUUCUUACCAUGGAACUCGACUAUGAGAUCGAUUCCACAUAUGUAUUAUAUGCACAUCCUAACCACUAUACAAGUGUCACAACGGCUUUCAUUUUCUAUCUUAACAAAGUCAAGCACCAAACGAUACCCUGUCUCUACUCUUCCUCAACCUUCAGAUGUAUAUACAUAUAGACAUGACAUAAUCAGCAUCACAUACCCAACACUUCCAAAAACUUUUUCCUCUCUUUUUAGAGUCUCAGAAAUCAGAUUCAAAAUCCAGAAAGCAGAGGAAAUGUUGAGGCACAAAGCUAGAUCCUUUAUCAAUCUCAAGUCCAUAGUGAUCUUCUUCUUCUUUCUAUUCCUUCUCUUCUUGAUUCUGUGGUCCACUUUUGCAUCUCCCAAGCAAAAACCAUCAACAAUCACAGAAACCCACAUUUCAAAUUCAUCAAAUCCUCCUGAUCUUGAACCAGAAUCAUCAUCAUCAUCAUCAUCAUCAUCAACGCAAGAUUGCCCAUCUCCUCCAUUAAUCCCAACUUGCACAAAAACCCCACCUUCACUAGCCAAUGCUCUUGUCCACUAUGCAACAACCAACAUAACCCCACAACAAACCCUCAAAGAAAUCUCGGUCUCGCUUAGAGUCCUUGAAAAGAAAUCACCAUGCAACUUCUUGGUAUUUGGUCUAGGCCAUGACAGCCUAAUGUGGACAUCUCUCAAUCACGGUGGACGGACUGUGUUCCUUGAAGAAGACAAGGCCUGGAUCGGCCAAAUCAAGGAGAAAUUACCCAAUUUGGAGGCAUACCAUGUAGAGUAUGACACGAAGGUUCACCAAUCAGAGCAAUUGAUGGAGAUUGGAAUGGCAGAGGAUUGUAAAAAGGUGAGCGACCCAAGAUUCUCAAAGUGUAGACUUUCACUCACAGGGUUCCCUAGCGACAUAUAUGACAUUGAAUGGGACUUGAUCAUGGUGGAUGCGCCAACUGGGUUCCAUGAUGAGGCUCCAGGGAGGAUGAGUGCGAUCUACACAGCAGGGUUAAUGGCUCGGAACAGAGAGGAUGGAGAGACGGAUGUGUUUGUUCAUGAUGUUGAUAGACCUGUUGAGGACAAGUUUUCGAAGGCAUUUCUCUGUGAAGGGUACUUGGUAGAACAAGAAGGAAGAAUUAGGCACUUCAAUAUUCCUAGUCACAGGGCUCGCUUGGGUAGACCGUUUUGCCCUUGAAGUUUUCUCUCUGUUUUUUUUUUUGGAUUCUGGUUGUUUCUUAUUGUAAUUUUUUAUUGACAGAUAUGAAUAAGAAUUAAGAAACAUGGGUGGCGAAAAUUUCGAUUAAUGGGGAAAAUAGUUUUUGAUU